UGUCCCGAUAAUCAGUCGGGCUUGGAUCGCGGAUCGACACGCAGGUGUCAAAAAUAAGCGUUCGAGAAUUCAUUUGAACAGCUGACUAAAAUUGGUUGUUCCGGUCCGGUUUGGUCGCUGAUGCGUGCGCGCGUGCCCGUGCGUCUGUUGUUGUUCUUUUUCGGUUGCGUUUGCGGAAUUGUGGCGCUCGUCUUCUACUCUAACUAGGUGGUGGGUGGGAAGUGAAAGACAGCUGAGAGAGCUACUGGAAACAGUGUUCGGUAUCUUUCUCUAGUUCGUGACAGAUUCAAUCAUCCUUGGGCGAAUUGAUAAGGCCUGAACGUAGAGAAUGCUUAAAAUGUGAUAAAAGAAUCCGGUAACCAGUCAGUACAAAUUCAGGAUUAAAAUAAACGAAACUUUCCCUUCAAGGAGAAAAAAAUGUGCUUCUGUCAUCGAUUGGAAAGAAAUACUAGUUUUACUCGCCUGCUGCGAUAAUCCGGAUCCACCCGGAUAACUGAAACGACUUGCUGUGUUUUUGUUUUAAUCAAUCGGGAAGAGAUUCACACUUUUAACGUUGAGUUGUUGGGUAGCUAAAAAAUAAAAUACUUAAUUAUAGUGGUUGAACAAGGGUUUUCGAAAAGUGUUUUUUUAGAAGUUUUCUGUUAACGGUUAACAAAAGCCAAAAUGUGUAGUUGAAGCAGAAUUCAAUAAACCGCCCGCAAAAUUUCGCCCUGUGAAGUGAGAAGAAUCAAAAGCACACAAAAAUGUACAAAUCGGACUCAACGGAGCGUGAACCGCGUGUGGUGUAUCGCUAUGCGCUGAACAGUGAGGGUGGUGCGGGGGGCAGACAAGACUCCUACUACACCAGCAACAGCAGCAGCAACCACCACCACCACCACCACCACCCACACAACAACCACACUAACUCCACGGGCAGCCGGUCCAACUUUGCCUUCACCGGAUCCGCCGCCGGUUUCUCCUCGCCGGAAGAUAACAACAUCGAGUACUCGCGGAAGGGCGGCUGCUUCGUGUCGAUCUGCCGCGGGAUCAGCAUUGCGGUGCUGAUCUUCGUCUUUAUCUUCUUCCUGUCGUUUACGAUCUUCUUCAGCACCAAGUAUGCCUACGAGCACAAACCGAACAUCACGCUGGAAGACUUCCUCAAUCAUCGGGCCUACCUGAUCGACAAGCGAUCGCGCAUUCCGAAGCACAUCAUCCCGAAACACUACCGGCUGUUUCUGCACCCGGUAUUCAACGAGUCGGACACGCCCUUCACCUACAGCGGCAUUGUUUGGAUCACGGUCACCUCGAAGCGACCCAAUAACAAGCGGAUCGAGCUGAACGUGAAAAAUCUCGCCAUCAAGCUGGAAGAUGUGACGGUGCUGAAGAGUAUCAGGUUGACCAAUUUGGACUUUGAUGAGGAUUUGGAUUGGGAUCUGAGCGAGGAGGAUAUGCUGCCGUUUCGGAUGAGGAGGCGAAGGCGUCGUCAGGCGGGUAAUGACACAGUUGAGGUUGAGGAGGAGGUCGCUCCAAGCGUUUUGCAAACCGGCGGCCAGGGAGAUGAUAAUGGAGGUGAAGUGGUGGAUGGAGGAGAUCCGGUGGAGGUUCAGGAAACUACGACCCAGGAGAAUAAGGUGGAAUACUAUUUUCAUCCGAUAUUUCCACCGGAUGAUUUUGUGACGAUCAAGAUCGUGGAUUUGGAAUUUGACGAAUCGAACGAGAAGAUGAUCAUCUACCUGGCGACGGAAAUGAAACAGGACAUUUACUACAUUGUGAAGGUUAAUUUCACCGGAAAUAUGACCAAUGACAAGGGACUGUAUUUUACUCAUUAUGAGGAUGGCGAAGGAAGUCAUAAGUUCAUUGCUGCAACCAUCUUAGAGCCCAAUAAUGCCAGAAGGCUUUAUCCGUGCAUGGAUGAUCACAAUUUCAGAUCACCCUUCGAGAUCAACAUUGCUAGGCGAACUCACAUGAACACUGCGUCCAGUAUGAACUUAGAGAUGGUGGAACCUAUGGAAACCGAUGGCUUCGUGGUCGACACCUACAACACGACCGGUAUGGUUCGAGCUUCCGAGAUUGGAUUCAUCAUUACGGACAUGACUCCGGAGCGCUAUCGGCUGACGGAUAAGGUGGACCUGUUGGCCUACACCCGCAACCGGUACGACAACUACAUGAAAGAGGUGACGGUGGAAAUUUUCGCCGCGGUCAUGAAUGUUUACGAAAAGUACAUGAAGCUGAACUACCCUUACGAGACGAUUCAAUACGUCACGAUCCCCAAUGCGGACAUUGAGGUGCGGGAGAUCAAGGAGGGAAUGAUUUUGUCUAGCGAGAAGCGACUGAUCCAUGACGAUGCGUAUUUCCCGACGCCCGAAGGGACGCUGCUGAGGAUCGUUUCGAAUGAAUUGGCUAAGCUGUGGAUCCAUAACUUGGCGGACUACAAGAAUAAGGAAGUGUACUGGUUGCACGAAUCGAUUCCGCUUUAUCUGGAGGCGAUCGCUCUGAGGAAUCUCAACAACAAUUCGUUCGUGAUGGAUGACUUCCUCUUGGAGGGGAAGCUAACGGCCAUGCAGGAAGAGAUCAACACCCGCACUUCACCGCUGAAUGUGCAGACCAACCAUUGGGAGGAGGAUUCACAUUUCGAGUUGGUUCGCUUCAAGGGUCUAACGCUGCUAAGGAUGAUGAACUACACUCUUGGGGAGACUACUUUCGAUGCCUUUUUGCGGGAAUAUUUCAUCCAACGGAUGAACAAUGAUUCGAUCGACAUCAUUGAGAUCUUGAAUAGUUACGGGCGCCAUACGGAUGGAACGAUCAACAGUUUCCUGCACAGUUGGACCAACUUUGAAAAGUAUCCGAUCAUCAACAUCCGGAGGAACAAUAUGAGCGGGAACUUUGAGCUGCGCCAGAGGAUGAUCCCGUUCGAGGAGGAAAUCAGCGAGCAGAUUUGGACCAUUCCGGUGACCUUUAUCAACGACACGAACCAGCAGCUGUUCUCGGAGAAGGUUCGCUGGCUGGUGGACUCGGACAAUCUACUGACUAUCGAAACCAGCUGCGAGAUGAUCACCAACAAUACCUGGGUCAUUGUGAAUCCCAGUGGAAUUGGAUACUAUCGGGUGAACUACGAGCAGGCCCACUGGACCAAGUUGGCCCAUGUGUUGAACGCAAAUUUCAAGAGUCUGCCGUACAGCACCCUGACGACAUUGGUGGACGAUGCGCUGAAUUUGGCUCGGCUCGGUUUGCUGGACUACUCGGUGGCGUUCAAUGUGAUUGCCUUCCUGAGGAAAAACGAUGAACUCUACCAGCCGUGGAAGAGCGCGUUGGAUAAUCUGAAGUUCCUGUACGAAGCCCUGCAGGAUCAUCCCAGUUAUGGGGCCGUUGAGCACUUUCUCGAAUAUCUGGUGGUUGACAAGUACGAAACGCUCAUCCGACCGAAUCUUAAACGGGACCCUUCCUCGACUACCGAACCGGAACCGUCAGAAUCCGUCGACAUUCCCACGCCUAACCCAUUGAUCUCAACGCUGCUAAUCGAAUGGGCCUGCCAGCUGGGCGUUACCGCCUGCAUCGAGGAUCAGAAAACAAUCUUCAGGGAAAUUUUCCUAGAAAAGACACGCUCCCCAUUCCACAUUUCGGAGGAAGACCUGUUUCUGGCCACAUGUACGGUCAUCAAGUAUAGUGGAGUUAAUGAGUGGAAACUGAUUAAAGAUCGCUACCUGAAUUCGGAAGACAUCAACUUGCAGAAGAUUUUGGUGCGAGCGCUGGGCUGUAGCCGAGAGAUCAAUCUUAUCAAUAAAAAUUUAGCCCUUUUGAAGGAUCCCAAGUUCAACAUGUACACGCAGCACAUUUUGGGCUCGAUCGCCAACAAUAAAAUCGCACUGAAAUAUGCGCUGGAUUGGCUGUUCAAUGAUUGGAUCGACGCGCGAACAUACCUGACGCUACAGGACAUUUCGAUUCUGCUGAGGAAGAUCGCGACCGAGAAUGAGUUCACCAUGUACGAGCAGAUCUUCUUCAAAUACUCCUACACCUUCCAGACGAUGGACAAGGAAAUUCUCAAACGAAUGCGUGACAUGAUCAUGAAGCUGAUCCGAUGGAAGAAAGAAAUUGGCCCAAAGAUAUACUAUGACAAGUUUAUUUUCGAUGCUUGAAGCAAUCUAAAUAGUCCAACUUUGUUUCUAGUUGUAGUUUAAGGUAGAUACUUACUAAGGGACAAAUUAAAUUCGUUAAUGUUU